CAACACCCAAGCUUUUACUUUGUUGCUCUGUACCUCUGAGAAGGCACCCAACCAACUCCGAUGGUGAACGCCGUGAAAGUAUUCAAGAAAACCGCCCCUAAUGGUAAGAUCACCGUCUACCUAGGUCGCCGCGAUUUCGUGGACAACACCACCUCGACCGAACCUGUUGAUGGAGUCAUAGUCUGCGACAAUGACUACCUCCGAGGCCGCAAAGUCUUCGCCACUGUCACGGUCACGUACCGUUACGGUCGCGAGGAGGAUGAGGUCAUGGGCCUCAACUUCAGCAAGGAGAUGCAGCUCGCCACCCAGCAGGUGUACCCGAGCAACGACUCCCGCGAGCCCACGGCCGUCCAGGAGCGCCUCGUGAAGAAGCUCGGGGCCAACGCCUACCCCUUCGCCGUGACGCUCCCCGACACCGCCCCCUGCUCCGUCCAGCUCCACUCGGGCGACGAUGAGUCGAACAAGCCCUUGGGUGUCAUUUAUGAACUCCGCGUCUUCGUGGGCGACAACACCAACGAGAAGCCCCACAAGCGCAACUCCGUCGCCCUCGCCGUCAGGAAGGUGCAAUUCUCUCCUGUGGCUGGAAACAAGCGUCAGCCUAGCACCCUCGUGUCCAAGGGCUUCGCUCUGUCCUCCGGAAAGCUCAACAUGGAGGUGACUCUCGACAAGGAGCUCUACUACCAUGGCGAGCAGGUCAACGCUACCAUUAGCCUCAACAACGGCAGCAAAAAGACCGUCAAGAACAUCAAGUGCUCGAUCAUCCAGCACGUUGAGGUCACCAUGACCAACAACCAGUUCUCGCGCGAGGUGGCAUCUCUGGAGUCGAAGGAGGGCUGCCCCGUUACCCCGGGCUGCAACCUCCAGAAGACUUUCAACAUGACGCCUCUUGCUUCUUCCAACAAGAGCAAGGCUGGCAUUGCUCUCGACGGCAAGCUGAAGGACACGGACGCCAACCUGGCCUCCUCCACCGUCGUGGCCGCAGGCAAGAACGUCAACGACGCCUGCGGUAUCAUCGUGUCCUACUCCAUGCGCGUCAAGCUCAACUGCGGAGCUAUCGGCGGCGACCUGACUGCCGACCUGCCCUUCAAGCUCAUGCAUCCCGUGCCUGGUGGCUCAACCAAGGCUCCGGCUGACACCACCUACACCGGCGGCGAGGACCUGGAGUUCGAGGACUUCGCUCGCCUCCGCCGCGGCAUGUCCGUCGACCAGAACUAGAUGACGGUCGCCUCAUCACGCAUAUGUAAUACAAAGUAUAUGAGUAAUGCCCCGAGGUAUAGAUCAAUAGAUAUUGUAUUCUGUGAAUCAGUUCACGUGCAUAUGCAUAGAGAAAGAAAGAAAAAUAAUACAUAACACAAUAGUGUAGUAUGAA